AUGCCACAGGCAGUCCCCGCCGACGUCAUGGAAGAAGAGGAACCUACGAAACUGAAACCAGACGGGGAUCCGUCAAUCAAACUGAACCCCAACGCUGUCAGUCCAAGGCAAUUUGUCGAAUAUGCCGCCAGUUUGGCUAGGUCACACAAUUCGGCUUUAACUUGCCAGUUCCUCCCUCUUCGACGCACGGAGACUGAAAGGCAGAUACUGGAAGCCCUGAACUCCCUCCUCUCCGCAAAGAACGCCUUUGGCAUCUUCUCUGAAUCUCCUUUUUUACGACCCGUCACCCUCCUGCGGCCUGUACAGUUCGCCUUCCCAGUCAAAGUUGUCCUUCAAUAUUCCGAUCCCGAGAACAUGGUACGCAGGUUGCGAGAUCUGGCAGACCAGAAGGUGACUAGCCUCCCUCUGCUGGCUAUCCUCUCGGGUACCAAGCCGAAUGCCGCCUCUCUGGGUUUCUGCACGGAUUUCCUAACCUACAGUUUCAACCUCGAGUUGGACAUCAAUAUAGCGCGCCUUCUGGUGGAUCAGUUACGAAACCCGAAUAGCUGCACUGACAAAUACCGUCUCAUUCUUCGGCUGGCCUGGGCCACGACCGGACUUUACAUGCCAGGUGAUAAGUCCAAUCCCUCUCGCGUUCUGGCCUCUGAGGUGCUACCACGCUGUCUCUCCGUCCGCGUUGAUCGUCGCAAUGUCACCCUUCCCGAUCCUACCUUUCAUGAGGGCCAGGCGCAAAAUUUUGGUCAUCGUCUCCGUUUCGCAAUUGACAUCACAGACAAGAUUCGCUUUCAAUCGAACUCACUGGUCUGCUGUCAGCAUAUUGACAUUGAAUUAACAUGGUUGCACGCGCCUCUGCAGGACCACGCAAUACCUCUGCUUGAAAUGGUGGGCUCCGGAUCCUGCACUUCCAUUCUAAAUCACUUGCUCAACCUCCCCCUUGUUCAGAUUACUCUGGAUCGUGUCCAUCCCAUACCAGAGUCUCCUGAUCGCGUGAUCGCGGCCUCCGAAACGUUGGCAAUGGUGAAGUCCAAACUUACUUCGUUGGAUGAUUUGCAGUCCGAUGGAUGGAUUCCUGUCUCCUUACUCUGCCCCCUCGCUCUCACGCGUAUCGAAGUGAGUCCACACAUUUUCAGCAAUAUUAUUUCACCGUUAAUCUUUUUCGUCCAAUUGAUUGCUGAUCAGAGUCUCAAGGAUGCCGAAAUGGCCCACGUGGAUGCCAAUGGCCACUGGCGAGAAGCCUUGAAACCCAUUCAAAGUGAUUCUUCUGCUGUCAUAUCCAUCAAGGAUUCGAUUUCAGUAAUUACUUCAGACAACCCGAGAAUUACUGCCGUUCCCUCAUUACUGAAUGGGCCCUCCACGAUGACACCUUGCAUAUUGGAGUCUAAUUUCCCGUCCAGAUCGGUGACGCCAAUGGAACUGGAUGCUUCUCACUUAAAUGAUUGCAUCCUUCCCCUUGGUGAUAGUAACGAGAACGUUCAGAACGUUUGCGUGACGCAAUCAGAGCAACCUGUCGUUGCCCAUCCCACGCCAUCCAGUUUUUGCCGCGGUCAGACCCUUCCUGAUACCGUCACUAAUGAACGGUCAGGCAAGCGUACUUUUGCAGCGCUCGAUUUUCGACCAAGGACGUAG